AUGGAGUUCGAUCAUCCAAAAUCAGCAAAAUGUACAAAAAGUGAACUUGAUAUAUUUUUCGUACCCCCAACGCAAACCAGUUUGGAAAAGGGGCAAUGGAUAGACCAUCCACCUGUCUCCAGUGUAUCUGAAAGCGGUCCGAUUAUCUUUUUAGCGCCAGGUACAGAAGAUUAUGUUGACUUGUCUAACACAAUGUUGAUGGUCAGAGCAAAAGUAACAAAAGCUGACGGGGGAAAUCUCGACGAUGGCGCUAAACUGACAGCUGCGUUGUUUUACAAGGAGGACGAAGCUUCAAAAAUGGAGGUUGCCGACCCAGCAAACGCCAGUCCAAACAAAGGCUUGAAAACACGAAGUACGUUUACUGCGAGAAGUGCAAUUGUCGAAAUGGGAGGCCCUAUAUUUUGUAAUGUUUUCUUCGGUGAACGCCUCCUGCUUAGCUAUGAUGAUUUGAAAGUGGUAUUGAACCGUACCAGUGAUGAGUUUGCCCUAAUGGCAUCCGAGGACGAUGCAGUCUUUAAAGUGAAACUGGUGGAUGUUUAUCUAAAAGUUCACAAAGUUAAAGUGAAUCCUAGUAGAGCUAUGUCUAACGAAGUUGCACUGAAAGAAAGUCCAGCCGUUUACCCUGUAAGGCGUGUGGACUGCAAAAGUUUCAUCAUUCCAUCAGGAAACCCAUCGUUGCAAAAAGAUAACCUUUUCAACGGUUUGGUACCAAAAUCACUUGUCGUUGGUCUUGUUGCAAGUGCUGCAUUCAAUGGUGCUUAUAAAUUAAACCCAUUCAAUUUCCAGCAUUUCAGCGUUUCCAGGGGCGGAUCUAGACUUUCAACACUUCAACUGUGGUAA